AUGAUCACCAAGGCAGAAAGAAGCCUUUCUGGCAUUUAUACUUUGGAAGUAUUUAACUCGAGUGGCACAAGUAUACGAAGUGAAAGAUUCCGCUUGAUCAUUGAAGUGCCUGUAACCCCCCCAGCUCUGUCUCCACUCUGCCUGCCCCACGGAGAGCUGAGGGUGUCCUGCUCCUCCCCAGUGGGGGAUAAUCCCCAGUACUCCUGGCUUCUGGAUGGUUUGCCCCUGAAUCACUCCAGGCCCGUUUAUGAUGAUGGGAAAGGAGCUGUCAUUCUGGGAAAGAACACGUCCGGAAAGCUCACCUGUACGGCCAAGAAUAACGUCAGUGAGGCAAAUACCACAGAGAUGCUCCCCAGCUGUGCAGGACUUGGACCAGUUGUAAAUUGCACCUUGACUAAUGGUACAGAGAUCGCAGUAAGAAUGAAUGCUACAGUGAGCCCUUCUCUGUUAUAUAAUAUGAAAAUAUUCUUCACUGUCGAUGGGAGAGAGACACUGGCUGCUGUUUGUAAUACGAGUAGCCAGCAAACAGGAAAAAAAAAUGAUAAUCAUUCAGUUGAUAUGAUGCAGAUUCUUUUUGCCGCACUGGGAACAGUGGUCCUACUCCUCGUAUUGACAGUGGUGAUUUAUAGUUACUGCAGGAAGAGACCCCAUGUGCAGGCAGAAGAGAGUAAACCUGGCACUGAAGAAAUGACAUACGCUGAGGUCACAUUUAACAAGAAUAAGAGCAGGAGAGAGAAGAGGGCUGAACCGGAGGUGGUGUAUGGGGAGCUCAGGAUAUAAUCUAAGCGGCACCUUUGGCACAACAAGGACUUUAUGUAUGUAAAAGUUUAUAUGCAAAGUGUAGUAUUAGGGAUAUAGUCUCCAAGAACAAAAUUUGUACUUUAUGUUUUCCUUCUUAAUUUUCACCUUGGUUGUCUAAAAUGGCCAGUUAAUCCCAGCUCAGGACUCCCCCCACCAAAGUAAAACGCCCCCCCCGACCUGAGCAGGCUGACGGCCACAGCAUGCCGACCCUGUAAUAUGUCCUGUCAGCCGCAUGUCCUGCUCUGCCAGCUAAAGGUACAAUGACCCACGUAACACACUUGGUGGAAAGCGCUACUGGCUGGACUCACUGCCCUGUGGCUGCCGGUGCUCUCUGGGCUCCUACUGGCCGCUGAUGUGGGCUGGGGGAGAUCAAACUGGGAUCCCGGCUGUAGGGGGGCCCUGCUUUUUUGUACCUUCCAAGCGGGAAACCCUCUGGUUUUAAAAGUGUAUUUUGUAUCUUUUUUGUCUUACAUUUUGUGUAAUUUACUCAUUGUGUUUAAAUGGUUUUUGUAUUUUAGUUUUGAAAGAUUUUGUAACUGAAGUCUGACUUAAGACCAAAGAGAAGUGUAAAGGAGCCCAUCUCAAGUCAUAUCACUGAGAAAA